GCAACAUCAACACCCUAACCGUUCCAGAUUUCAACGCCUAUGGUGUUCAAACGGUAUGGUGGUGUGGUUCUCACAGGUGUAGCCUCGGCUCCGGCGAACAACAUUGACACAGGUUGGUUUAGCUGGUGGUGCCCAUCGCCAGACAAAUCCGGUGCUGGGGAAUUCGUGCCCCAGCCUCCAGGUCCCAAAAGAAAUUGCUCCUCGUCCACAAGUCACACGUCUAGCAUAGUCCAUAGGCGGUAUUACCAUAGCAGAUAGACGAGUUGCACCAUGUCACAGGCAAGAAGAGUUGUGAUCACAGGAUUGGGUAUGGUUUCGCCUCUUGGGGUUGGGGUCAAGAGAAACUGGGCAAGGCUAUUGGCUG